AUGUGGUUGAUCUUUGCAUAGCAAAAUUGUAUUUUGUUUCAUUCAAAUAACUUGAAUUAAAAAGUAUUUGUUCGAUCUAUUUGUUAAGAACAUUAUACCAAAGACAAAGUUUAAUUGAUAAAUAUAGUUCCAGUCAUUUAUUUAAUAAAACAAAAAACUCGAGAGAGUAAAUCCCUGGUCACAGAGCACAUGGGAUUUUGAUUUUGGGAUUCAGAUUCGCUGACGUGCUUAGCCUGUAUACUAAACUAAAGCUUUGGCUUGCUCUGUGAAGCACUAAGCAAUAACAAGUGGUGUUUAACACUGAUAACGAUAACCCCCAGCGAAGUGACCCCUAUUUGAGAAUUAUAAUUUAAAUGAAAACAACUUGAUCGCACAUCAUAGAUUCUUUUUUUGGGAAAUCUUGGAAUUUUUUCGCAGACUACGAAAUCAACUAGUGUAUUGCGCUAGCCAGUUAGUAAAAAUAGUUCCACAGGAAAGGUUGUUAAGAACAUACAUAUAUUUAGUUUUGAAUAAAGAAUUAAUAAUACUUAAGAGAUGACAAUAUUGAGAUUUUACGCCGAAGACGCAUUCGAUGCGCAACAUGUAACUCGAGUUCUUAAGCAGUUACAAACCCCUGAACGUAAAGUUUGCUCUGUAAAGUUAGAAAAAUGCUUCCACGUUGAAACAAAAAAUGUUGUGUGCGACGAAAAAACUGAAAGCAUUUUACGUUGGCUUCUAAAACACCCCCAAAAGGAAGAUAAUCUGAAGAAUAAAACAUCUCUAAAGGAAUCAAAAGGAAAGUCGGUCUUAAUAGAAAUUGGUCCACGUUUCAAUUUCUCGACUGCCUUUUCUACCAACUGUGUUAACAUAUGCCAAAAUGUUGGUUUAAAUCAUAUCAAUCGAAUUGAAAUGUCCAUAAGAUAUUUAAUAACUUUCAAUGGUAAACCAACGAAUUUAGAGGACAUAAUAGAAGUCUUAUCGGAUCGCAUGACCGAAUGUCAAUACACGCCAGAGAAUCUACCCGUGGAUAGUUUUGAUGAGCAACUUCCUAAACAACAACGCAAUUGGCAUAUAGUACCUGUUUUGACUGAAGGCAGGCAAGCCUUGGAAAAAGUCAAUGAAGAAUUGGGACUUGCAUUUGGGGAAUGGGAUAUUAACUACUACACGAAUCUCUUUCAAAACACUCUUAAUAGAAAUCCCACCACUGUUGAGCUAUUUGAUUGUGCUCAAAGUAACAGUGAACAUUCCCGUCACUGGUUUUUCCGUGGACAAAUGUUUGUCGAUGGAAUUGAACAGGAGAAAUCUCUGUUUAAAAUGAUCAUGGACACACAAUUACACACGAAUCCUAAUAAUACCAUUAAGUUUGGAGACAAUAGCAGUGCUAUCAAGGGUUUCCAGCACCUUGCACUGCAGCCCCAAAAUAGCUCCGGACCAGGUCAAGUUACUUUACAAAAGGUUGAGUCCGACUUAAUAUUUACAGCUGAAACUCAUAACAUGCCAACUGCCGUAGCUCCAUUUAGUGGAGCUACAACUGGAACUGGAGGAAGAAUAAGGGAUGUGCAAGGAGUGGGUCGAGGUGGUCUAACUAUUGCCGGAACGGCAGGUUAUUGUGUUGGCAAUUUAAACAUUCCAGGUUAUACAUUACCAUUUGAAUGUGGAAAUUCAAAGUAUCCACCAUCUUUUGCCAAACCUCUGAAAAUUCUCAUUGACGCCAGUAAUGGGGCUUCGGAUUAUGGAAAUAAAUUUGGCGAACCAGUGAUAUCAGGAUUUGUAAUUUCUUACGGACUCGAAGAUCCACACCGAGAACGAAACGAAUAUGUUAAACCCAUUAUGUUCAGUGGUGGGUUGGGUACAAUGAGCUCCAGCAUGAGAGAAAAGGCUAACCCCAAAAAAGGUAUGCUUUUAGCGAAAAUCGGAGGACCGGUGUAUCGUAUUGGUGUUGGCGGAGGAGCUGCUAGUUCAGUGGAAGUCCAGGGUGACAAUAGUUCUAGCUUAGAUUUUAACGCUGUCCAGCGUGGCGAUGCUGAAAUGGAAAACAAACUGAACCGCGUAGUGAGGGCGUGUGUAGAAAUGGGAGACAAAAACCCUAUCCUAGCUAUUCAUGAUCAGGGUGCGGGAGGCAAUGGCAAUGUUCUCAAAGAACUAGUUGAACCAGGUUUCGCUGGAGCGGUAAUAUUUUCAAAAGAAUUCCAGCUAGGUGAUCCAACGAUCACAGCACUUGAGCUCUGGGGAGCUGAAUAUCAAGAGAACAAUGCAAUUCUCUGUUCACCAAAGAGCCGACAACUACUUCAAGACAUAUGCGACCGAGAACGUUGCCCAAUUAGCUUUGUUGGAUUUGUAACUGGAAAUGGAUAUGUAACCCUUUUGGAGAGCGAAGCUGAUUUCAAGAAAUAUGAAAAUCAUGAAGAAAUAGAGAAUUUGGGUCCGGUUCCGUUUGAUUUGCACUUGAAACACGUUUUAGGAGACAUGCCAAAGCGUAGAUAUGAUUUGGAACGCACUAAGCCGAACUUGACACCCUUGAAGUUGGACGAGAAUAUUGGUUUCUCGAGCACCUUGAAUAGGGUGCUAAGUAUUUUAUCUGUAGGAAGCAAACGUUUCCUCACCCACAAAGUCGAUCGCUGUGUGAGUGGUCUUAUAGCACAACAACAGUGUGUUGGACCAUUGCAUACACCCCUUGCUGAUUUCGCGUUAACUACAAUCUCUCAUUUUGGAUAUGAAGGAAUUGCAACUUCCAUAGGAACACAACCAAUUAAGGGACUAAUUAGCGCUGCUGCAAUGGCACGCAUGUCGGUGGCCGAGGCCAUAUCCAAUCUAGUAUUUGUUGGAGUAAGCGAGUUAGCCGAUGUUAAAUGCUCCGGCAAUUGGAUGUGGGCAGCAAAGCUACCUGGCGAAGGAGCAAAAUUGUUCGACGCCUGCAAGGAAAUGUGUGAAAUUAUGAAAGAACUUAACAUAGCGGUAGAUGGCGGCAAGGAUUCUCUCUCCAUGGCAGCACGUGUUGAUUCAAAGACCGUUAAAUCACCCGGAACUCUAGUAGUAUCAACCUAUGCUCCUUGCCCUGAUGUAAGAGUAAAAAUCACACCGGAUUUGAAAGCUCCAUCAAUGGGCAACAUCGGCCAUUUAGUUUGGGUCAAUAUCGAGGGCCUUUUCAGAUUGGGUGGUUCGGCACUGGCUCAAGCUUACUGCCAGCAAGGGAUGUUAAGUCCCAAUGUUGAAAAAACUGCAGUGCUGAAAAACGCAUUUAACAUAACUCAAAAGCUUCUUAAAGAGAAAAAGCUUUUGGCAGGUCAUGACAUAAGCGACGGAGGGCUUAUAGUAACGCUUGUUGAAAUGGCGUUUGCUGGUAUUUCAGGAAUUGAAAUCGACAUGACGGGGGCCCUCGAGAAGCUUGAUAAAAAUUCAGUUAUACUGGAAGAAGUGCCUGAGGACAAGAUCGAAUUUGGUGUAAUGUUUGCAGAAGAGGCAGGUUGGGUACUUGAGGUGGAAAGCCAAUACCUCCAAGAAGUGAUGGAGGAAUUCAAAAACGAAAAUGUUCCUGUGUUCUGUGUGGGCAAAUCGACCGGAUUUGGUCUAGACUCUAGCAUUAUUGUGAAGAGCCGCAAUAGUGUGCUUUUGCGCAGUGAUGUAAGAACUUUGUUUAAGAAAUGGGAGAACACAAGUUUCGAACUGGAAAAACUCCAAGCAAAUUCUGAAUGCGCUGUCGAUGAAUUCAACAGUUUAAAUUACAGAAGUGCACCUAAAUAUAAUUGCACGGCAAAUUUGGACCCUGAAGUCAAGCUAAGUGGGUUGGGAAAGAGUGUUAAGGUAGCAGUUCUCAGAGAAGAAGGUGUAAAUAGUGACCGAGAAAUGAUAUCAUGCUUGCUGAAAGCGAAAUUUGAAGUUCACGAUGUGACCAUGUCUGAUUUACUCCAGAAGAAAUGCACUCUUGAGCAGUACAGAGGAAUUGUGUUUCCUGGUGGAUUUAGCUAUGCUGACACCUUGGGAUCAGGUAAAGGAUGGGCAGCUAACAUUAUGUUCAGUGAUCAUUUGGCACCCCAAUUCGAUGCAUUUAGAAAGCGCGAAGACUCUUUUUCGUUGGGUAUUUGCAACGGAUGCCAACUCAUGUCGCUCAUAGGAUGGGUCGGUUCAACUGACAAUGAUCGACCACUUCAAAGUGCCAUUGAUGUCCCCGAUGUGGCCUUGCUGCAUAAUAAAUCAGAGAGGUUCGAAUGUCGCUGGUCUACCCUUCGCAUCGAAGAAAGCAACUCGAUGAUGCUAAAGAAUUUGGCAGGAUCAGUUUUGGGAUGUUGGGUUGCCCAUGGCGAAGGAAGAUUCUCAUUUAGAACAGAUGAUGUUUUGAAAAAAUUAAAAACAAAUAAAUGCAUUACCAUGCGUUAUGCUGACGAUAACGGAGUCGCCACUCAAUCUUAUCCAAUGAAUCCAAAUGGAAGCAUUGAUGCUGUAGCAGGCAUAUGUUCGGAAGACGGUCGGCAUCUAGCAUUGAUGCCGCAUCCAGAGAGAUGUAGUCAAAUGUACCAGUGGCCUUAUACACCAGCAGGAUGUGAAUUUGAGCAGAGUCCAUGGCAAGUUAUGUUUAAUAACGCCUUUGUCUGGUGUACAUCAAAGAGUGAAUGAAGUAAAACUUCUACUUAGGAUUCGAAUUAGUUUUGUACAAAUAAGCAGUACCUUUUUUCAAUUGAAAAUAAAAAGUGUAAUAAAGUUUUAAUAAGAAUUUGUAAAGUUAUCGUUGCUGAAAUAUUUCAAAACACGAUUAAAAAUAUCAAAAGUUUAUACUCAAA